UGAGACCUUGCAAGAUCCAGCGAUUUCUUUGGCCUCGUGAUCAUUAGAAACUGAUUAAAGAUUCUGAGUAUCUCUUUCUCAAUGCCCACAAGAGUAUAUUGUUUAUUAGGUGUUUUCAUUGGAGGUUCGAGGAAGCCAGCUGCAAGAACAACGAUUUGGGGUUAUGCUUUGUAAGAUGUAGAGAUGGAUCCAUAAUCAAUUCCGGAUUGCAUUUAAUGCAGUGGAAAACACAUCCUGCAAAUUGCGUGGGGGUAAUAACCACAAAUGAGGACAUUGUUGCUGCAAUACUUGAAAAGGCAAAGGAACAAAAUGCAGAGUCAGUGUAUCUUGCAACAGACGGAUGGAUAAGAGGUCCCAAGGCCCAAAUGUUACUUGCUAACGUGAUCAGAACACUUUACACAGAAAGAAUAAAUGUUGCAGGUCUGUGGAAAAUGGAAGGAAUUCCAAACUUCUCAGAUGGUACUUAUCUGGACUCCAAAGAAUUGGGACUGAACAAGUCUUGUAAAAUGAAAGCAAAUCAAAUGGUGUCCUUUAUUGAGCAGGAAAUGUGCUUAAGAGCCAAAGUUUUUCUAGGGAGUGGAGAAUCCACAUGGAGUUCAUCAGUAUUCUGCACAAGACUAGCAACCAGAAAAGCCUCUGAGCUAAUCACAAGUAGUAAUAGACAAGAAAGUAAUACGAAUGAGUAUAUUAUAGAGAAACUUGUCUGACCAGCAUGCUUCAGGACUGAUGUGUAGAUAUUCAAUCUUUUACAACCUAAAGAAAGCUAACUACACUGUGGAAGAGAAUAAAGAUGAAGAACCCGAUGGCUGGCUCGGUUUAGAAGCCUGCGAGAACAGGAUUACUAAGGGUGGCCAUUGCAAUUUUGCUGUUUUCUUAUAAUCACGAGUUUACCACCCUCCAAUUUAUGUAUUGUAUGGCUACUUGGUAUGUAUACAACAUAAAUUUGCAGCUUA